UCGAUGCUGGGGAGUCGGAUAGGGUUUGGUUAACUCCCCGACGCUCCAAGGCCAUAGCAGCGGAAAUAUGAUCCAACGACGGAUAGGUGGAUUUUCUUCUACCUGUUCUCCGAUUUACUUCCCAUUGCUCCUACCGUGACCUGUUUUCACGUUUAAGUACGUAGUUUUUGUUGUUGUGUGCCAAAUGUUUGAGGCAAUGCCUAAGUGGAAAACUGGAGCUCUUUUCUCUUGCAAGAUGUCUCUUUAGAGAGCUGCGAAUGCUUUAUGUUGAUGCUCUUCCACUAAUAAGUGGGGGAGUUGGGUUGCCGGCUUGGAGAACGAGGCUUGCAAUAAAAAUGAAAAGGAAUUUAGUUCUUCAAUAUUCCCUCAGGCGAAGUUCCAUGUCCUCAUUUUCCCCAAGGAACAGUUUGACAACUUCUUGUUCAGCUGCUGACCAAAAUAAGAAGAGCAAGGUCAUUGUAAUAUCUGGUCCCACUGGAGCCGGAAAGAGUAGACUUGCAUUGGAGAUAGCAAAGAAGCUUGAUGGAGAGAUCAUAAGCGCCGAUUCCGUGCAAGUGUAUUGUGCACUCGACAUUGGAUCGGCCAAGCCUUCAGUUACUGACAGAAGGGAAGUGCCUCAUCACUUGAUUGACACCUUACACCCAUCAGAAGAUUAUUCAGCUGGGAAGUUCUUUGAGGAUGCUAGGAAAGCAACACAGGAUAUUCUUGGGAAGGGCCGGGUGCCGAUAGUUGCUGGUGGGACUGGUCUGUAUCUACGGUGGUAUAUAUAUGGAAAACCGGCUGUUCCAAAAGCAUCAAUAGAGAUCGCCUCUGAAGUAUGCUCCGAGCUCAUGGACUUGCAGAGGAAUGGGCAGUGGGAUGCAGCUGUGGAUUUAGCAGUGAAGGCUGGUGAUCCGAAAGCUCGGUUCUUGCCUGAAAACAAUUGGUAUCGAUUGAGGCGUAGCCUUGAGAUUAUCAGGUCUUCUGGGUCACCUCCUUCAGCUUUUAGUGUACCAUAUGAUUCUUUUCGUGAACAACUUGACUCGAGAUUAACGAGCUGUUCAGUUAAUGGCACUUCUGAUUUAAAUAAUCUUCAAGAAAAUCCUGCAAAGGACCUGGACUAUGAGUUCAUUUGUCUUUUUCUUUCAAGCCCACGAGUAGCUCUAUAUAGGUCGAUUGAUUUGAGGUGUGAGGAGAUGCUUAUGGACCCUGAAGGACUUCUGUCAGAAUCCUCAUGGCUUCUUGAUAUAGGUCUUCGUCCAAAUAUGAACUCUGCAACUCGCGCAAUUGGUUAUAGACAGGCUAUGGAGUACUUGCUAAGUUGUAGGGAACAAGGGGGUAAAAGCUCUCCUGAAGAAUUUUAUGCAUUUUUAUACGAGUUUCAGAAAGCAUCUCGAAAUUUUGCAAAGAGGCAGAUGACUUGGUUCCGGAACGAGCUUAUUUAUAACUGGCUUGAUGCCUCACGACCUUUUGAGAAAGUAAUUGAUUUCAUUUGUAAUGCUUAUUAUGACCAGAGUGGGGCGUUGGUCGUGCCUGAAUCACUUAAAAUGAAGAAAGAUAAUAAUGGCCAACGGGAAACCUAUGAACUGAAGUCCUAUCGUACCAAAAAUAAGUUGUUUAUUGGCGAUCUGGAUUGCCAUCAUGUUCUGAAUUGGAUUAGGAGGACCCAGAAUACAAUAAGGUUGGCAAAUGUGGAAUCGAAGAAACCAUAGGGUAUUUCAGUAUGAAACUAUUGACUCCUCAAAAGCUGGUGAGGAGUACUUUGUGUUACCUGCUGAAUGAUGAUUCUCCUAGUGCUCAAGUUUAUGUUCAGACACAGUCAAAGAACUGGGGAAAUAUUACGCAGCAGCUUGUUGGCCCUUCUCCUCUGCAAUGUAAGUGGUUUCCCUGUCCCCUUGGUGUCUUGAAACUGAAUUUUGAUGGAGCCAUAAGAGAUUCGACAGCAGCAGCAAGAUUGAUCCUAUGAGAUCAUACAACCUGGCUGAUGUGGGUGGCUGGACGCCCUCUCCCUCAAUGUUUUGUUCCAUAUGCAAAGUACUGGGAUUGUGAGAAGGUUUUAAAUGUGCUAUAAUGAAGUUCCAGGCUUCGUAGAUUUGGAUCUAGGGGGAUUCAAUGGAUAUUAUCUCUAUGUUUAAUGAACCUAACUAUAUACAUGGUGCUUGGCUUC